AUGGGUUAUCUACUGGAUUCUUUCUUAUCACUAUUCACCUUACGAUGGAUUCAAAGCCCUUCUUUCGUUCCCCUUCCACCUACCAUCAAUCGCACCUUCAUAAAAACACCAUCCGGCGAUAUCGAACUCUUGGUCUCUGCUCCGAGCUUAGAGCCAGGCUCCCCUGCCAGUGUUAGAAAUCCUCCGGUCCUUUUUGUACAUGGUGGCUUCGGACAUGCUUCUGUGUGGCUACCAUGGAUGACUUAUCUACAUCACAAGCAGUACAGCGGCACCACCUAUGCUGUAAGCAUUCGGGGCCAUGGUGCUUCAUGGACUCCAGGAUUCUGGCGAAUGUAUGCACUUACCACCAAAGAUACCCUAGCGACAGAUGUAGUUGCCGCUAUUGAGGAGAUUGAGAGGAGAGAAGCAGGGAAAAGAGUUGUCCUUGUCGGGCACAGCAGCGGGGGAGGACUGAGCCAACUGAUCCUCAGUAAAGGUCUAGCAAAGGCUCAGGGACUCGCGCUUGUGGCGGCGAUACCGAAUUUUGGAUCACGAGGUGUGUACUGGAACUGGUUCAAAUUGGACCCUUGGUUCAUGAUCAGAAGCCUAUUCCAUCUGCAGCACCCAAGGUCGCCAUUAUCUUCAGACACAUUAGUGCACAACGCGUUCUUCAGUCAAGCAUUUCCACAGGACAAAGUUCGAGAAUUCAGUCGACAAAUGCCAGCGUAUGAAAGUAUGGCAUGGCCGAUUGGUAUGAUGAAGCGCUUCACGGAUGUGCCGAGUAUACUCGCGAAUAUUCAAGGGUGGGGCACAUCACCUUCACGGGUUAUGGUGAUGGCUGCAGAAGGAGAUAAGCUGGUAAGUGUCAAGUUGAUGAUGGACACGGCGUGCGAGUACAGAGAAGGUGUCGAAGGGCUGAGUAUCCGGAAAAAGAUAGAACAUGUCGAGCUUCCUCAAACUGAAUCUCGAAUCAGCGAGAACGUGAAGCAAGACGUGAAGUCUGGUGUCACCACGGUGGUUGUCAAGGGCGCUGGACACCAUGUACAGAACGAUGUCCAAGCGGAUGAAGCUGCGGAAGCUUUGAAGAGGUUCUUAGAUCAACUUUGA